GGUCGGAACAGGCCACGCGUUGCUAGCCGAAUGAGCAGCGCAGGAUCACAGCAGGGACUUGCGAAGGAGCGCAAUGAACCUGUCGCUUCGUUCGACUAUUCCCUUGUCGAGCCAUCGACACAGUACUGACUGCCCUGAGCUAGCGAAUCGUCACCAAAAUAAUUACAGACUGGGCCUACCGUCCGUCCGACGAUACGCUUAGCGGUGGGCGACGUAGACUUGAAGCGGGCGACCACCUCGUAGAAUUUCCACCACCCAGGAUUGGCAGGAGAGCCCUGUUCUUGUCCAAGCAAGCAGAAAGUAAACAGCGAUCGCCCAAUACUGCAAUAGUGUACUGUCGGCCCUGUCCUGGGCAGCGGACUCACCCCAGUGAGGCAGGCUGAAAGAGUACUACCUGGACAAGAAGAGUGGGAUCGCUGUUUGCAGAGUUCGCACACUGGUCGAUAAUGGAGGCGUCAGUUAGCCUGAGAUGCCUGCUCGGCGCUGCUCUGUUGGUGUGUGGCAGCGUUGCUCAAGACUUUGGCGGAGCAUUAUGUCCUGAUGGUCGGCCACAAGUCAAUUGCCUCGUUAACCCUUGCAUUAGACCAUGCGACGCCUUUCCAUUAGCUCGGUGCGAGCCAGACUAUUGCGGAGGUUGCAGCGCUCGCUACUACGUCGCGGCGGGUGAUGCCGGAGAGGUGGAAGUAAUGUGUACCGUUGGUACCGUUGCUCCACCUCAAGAAACCGAGGCACCCGGCACACGCCAGCCUCCAGCACCUCUCCCAUCGCGGGGUCCACCAGCCGAUGGGGACUGUCCAGAUGGAUGCAGAGGAGAGAAAGGUCACAAGGGUGGGCCAGGAUGGUUUGGCGCCAGGGGCCCCAGAGGCUUGCCCGGCAGUCCUGGCAAGCAUGGUAACUACCUGAUCUAUACUGAUGGCUACAUUCUCCCGAGUGGUGUGCAAGUGAGCUCGUCCCAAUCCAAGCAAGCUGCUGGUGGCAAGGUCACCACUGCUAGUGAGUUUGGACCUGAAGCCAUGGGUGACAAAGGCCAACGUGGACCUCCAGGUCCCCAAGGUCUACCUGGCUCACCAGGUCUUCCAGGCUCUAUCGGCCGGCCGGGUACAUCAGGUGCUAUUGGAGACAAGGGAGAAGUCGGUGAACUGGGUCUGAAAGGCUUGCAAGGUCAGCUUGGAUGGCCAGGUCCACAAGGUCUGAGGGGCGAUCGCGGUCCCACAGGUCAAACUGGACGGCAAGGUCCUGACGGGAGAACCGGUGAUGCUGGCGACCAAGGCGACCAUGGUGCAAGAGGUGUGCCAGGAAUACCGGGCCCCGAUGGCAGAGAAGGACCAGAAGGUGACAAGGGAACACAGGGAAUUGUCGGAGAUACUGGCAGAGUAGGAGUAUCUGGAGACCGAGGAGUGCCUGGCAUUCAAGGCCUUGAUGGCGAAGUAGGAGGCCAGGGCCAGAAAGGAGAGCGUGGCUUCGCCGGAUCAAAGGGUGGCACGGGUCCACGUGGAUUCAAUGGCGUUGCUGGAACGCAAGGCGUUUCUGGAGCUCAGGGCACAGCCGGAGAGUACGGACCGGACGUGAAAGAGGUCUCUCUUCAAGAAGCAUCUCCUUGUACUGGCAUCAACAAUGGAAAGGUCCAGUAUGACUUCGUGUCCGACAAGCUCUACUUUUGCAACGGCCGUGAAUGGCGCUGCGUUGACCACGUUGACUGUCAUUUCAACUGUCAUGUGUCCGACUGGGAGCCCUGGCAGCCAUGCAGUCAAACGUGCGGCCGAGGCAUGCAGAUCCGCCACCGUACGGUACUCUCAGCCGCCGGUCCCUAUGGCAACCCGUGCCCCACGCUGAACGCCACCAGGUCGUGUCCCAACACUCCAUGUGAGUGCCGUACGCCACCCAAUAUUGCCAACGGACAGCUAGCACCAGCGCAGAUUUCGUACGCUGUCGGCGAGACCGCCCAGUGGGUCUGCAACACUGGCCAUGACUUUGUCAGUGGCAGCUCCGCACUGUGCCAAGAAGGUGGACGAUUCACAACUCUGCCGCGAUGCCAGCCCGUACGAUGCCCCGACCCUGGCCGGCCUGCAAAUGGCCAGCGUUUCGAGAGCUCACUGGCUCUGUUCUACCAGGGCACACUGACAUACAGCUGUAAUGAAGGCUACACCUUGUUGGGCACACGGGUGCUUCAGUGCAGAGCUGACAGCAGCUGGAGUGCAGCACGGCCCUCGUGCGUUCCUGCCGACUGUAGAGACCCAGGCACACCUGCUAAUGGUGCAAAGGACCUCUCCACUACGCAUUACGGCUCAACGGCAUCAUUCACCUGCCACGGUGGAUACCAGCUGACUGGAGAGUCGACGCUGCUGUGCCGUGCAAACGGACAAUGGUCCGACCCCCUGCCGAGCUGCAUGCCGAUAUCUUGCUCCAAUCCGGGUACACCCGAGCACGGCUCAGUGACUGCCAGUGGAGCUAACUUUGAGUACGAGUCCAACGCCAGGUUUUCCUGUGACGAAGGCUACGCGCUCAUUGGCUCUGCGGUGCGCCAGUGUGCUGAGAAUGGGGAGUGGACGGGCUCUCAGCCUGUUUGCAACGCUCGUAGCUGCCCAAGAGUAUCUGCUCCGCUGAACGGUGAAAUCACGACGUUCGCGGUCAGCUACAGCAUCGCGAGUCGUAUUUCGUUUGCGUGCAACCACGGCUUCACGCUGCAGGGCGACCGGUCUAUUCUCUGCCAGGACGGCGGGGCCUGGACAGCACCGGCACCAGUGUGUGAACGUACCCGAUGCUGCCACUUGUCGGACCCUUCCAACGGUCGCUUGAGUUCCACCGGCCGUGAGUUUGGCGAUGUGGCCAGCGUGACAUGUGAGGCAGGUUUUCGCAGAGAGGGCUCAGAGCAACGGACAUGUCAGGUAUCUGGUAACGCACAAGUGGCCAGCUGGUCCGGGCGGCCUAUGCGCUGUGUCCCUAUCCGGUGUCCGGAUCCCGAGGCUCCUCUGAACGGCGGACGGGCACCUGCGUUUGCAUUCUUCACUGCCGGCGACAGCGUCGCCUACACUUGCAAUCUCGGAUACCAAAUGACUGGGCCCAGUAGCCGAAUGUGCCAGGAUGACGGAACGUGGGAUCAGGCGCUCCCAAGCUGUCAUGAAAUUCUGUGUGAUGAUCCAGGCACUCCCGAUAACGGCAUGCGAACUGGAGACAGCCUGCGCGCUUUCACCGACCUCACGUUCUCGUGCCAUGCCAACUACCGACUCAACGGUCCGUCGGUCAGAACAUGUCAGAUUGAUGGAAGCUACACUGGCGUUCAGCCCACUUGUGAUCCAGAUUGUGUUGUGAGCGCCUAUAGCCGCUGGUCAGACUGCAGUGUGACGUGCGGCACUGGCACAGAGCUCCGGACACGCCGCAUCACUCAGUUCCCUGCCGGCGCUGGCCUGCCUUGCCCGGUCAUCAGCGAGAGCCGCGACUGCACGCGCAGGCCGUGUGCUCUAUGCUAUGACAGAUACGGUGCCAAUGAAACUGCCCACGUCGCUCCGAACACGCCAUCCUAUGCUGCGGACAUCCUGGUGGUCGUCGAGCAGACUCAGCCAAUGGCUGGGGCCAUCACUGACCUGGCUGAGUUCCUAGUCACCAUGGAGUUGGAGCUACUGAAGCAGAACACUGGAACAGACCCCGCACUGCCAAACAGAUACACUGUCGUUGGUUUCGGUCGUCGCGCGCAGACAGGUGAGGAGUGCGGUCACUUCAUCGUGCCGCAGUCUGCAGGGCCCGGCGUCACAACGUUCACCGCCGACGAGGCUGCGGAGGGCUUGGAGCAGGCUACAGCGGACUCACCAUCGCAGAUAACAGAUGGGUAUGAGGCAAUGCUGUUUGCAGUGGAGAAUGCCGAGCUACGCCACAGCCCCAACGUUGCCCACAACCUAAUCUUCAUGAGCGGCUCUUCCAGGGCAACUGGCUGUGGGGCUAAGACAGUUAGCAAGGAAGAUCUUCGACGGGCACUAGUCGACAACGGCGUAACACCGAACUUCAUCAUUGACCACAGAAUCCGGGCUGGUAAUGACAAGCCCGAAGAAGUUCUCGGCGUCAGAUCGCUGGCUCCCGGUUCCGGUUCGGACAAGCUGGCGUACGUACGUCAGAGGAACAGUGCGUACCGCGAGCAGUUAAUAACAGCGGCGACUGGUGUGGACUACACGCGAGUAGAGGGCACCAUUGCCACCGACUACACCGACUUGACAUUCGACCUUGCCGGAAUGAUGUGGAAUCUGAACACAUUCCGCGGCCUGUUCCCCGGCUCGACGCUGCGCGGAAGUUUCUCGUCCGCUUUCACCGAGACCAAAGCUAAGGAAAUGAACGAGGAUGCGAGAGAUUGCAAACUAUGUACAUGCGAAGAUAAUGGCGCUGGUGGACUCUUCCGCUGUAAACAGCAGUACGAUCAAGAAUACUGCAGAUGCCGGGCAUCCGGUCGACAAGCCUCUGAAUGUGCCGCCGCCGCUCCUUGAACUCACUAACCAGUGACAGACGGCCCGGCCUGCUCGAAUUUUCAACGAAAUAUGGCCGCACUACAAGCUACCUCUGAAGCCAGUCUUGGGACAACCAACAUCCAUUUGAUAUGCAUGCCCGAGUCUUGCUGCAGAUCUCUUGUUGCUACUACUGCUGGUGGUGGUGGUGCUGCUGCUGUACCUACGAUUGUGGUAUUUCUGUAAAAUGCUGUAACACAUCCGUGACACGUUACUCACUGCUUCCAACGGACUCAGAGAGGCACUCACUCUGAACAAGCAAUAUCACCCAUGUCCGUUGUUCCGUCUCGUCAGCCACAAAGCAGAAAACUGGCCGCUAGGCAUAUUUCCUGUGCUCUCAAUGUGUAUCUUGAUUCUAACAUCGUUCUCAAAUAAUUCCUCUGGUGAAGAAACAUGCUCUCCUCUGACACUGCAAGUCUCGUUUCUAUCAGCCUCUUCUCCUUCGAGAUGUAAGCACCGUAGGGUGCGUACCAUAUUGCGUGCAUGUAUACAUAGCAAUAGCGUGCAUCGUUAUAACCGUCUUCAGAACAAGCCUAUGUCCGCACUUCACACUGUACACAGCUAGCACAAAGUUGUGUCACGUUGUGCAUACAAGCACUCCCCGUUUCUCUUAGACUUUUUUUGGUUUUCCUAUGCAAGCUAUGCAAGGAUCCGUUGGUUUUCA